AUGUCUAUCGACGAGCUUUGGACGACGAUUCUCAAGCAGAGCAGCCCGUCAACAGCCGGAAGCACUUCUAAGACUGUAGUUUUCCUCGGCGACUCUCUUUGUGGAAAGAGAACGCUUCUUUCCAAGUUCUGCGGCCAGGACGGCGAGAUCUACAGAGGCCACGGACUCGGCUUCGAUUACAUUCCAGUCAAAAACAAGGACGAUGACGAGCUCGGGCAACUGUCUAUCUACUCGAUCGACGCUGCCGCUCCUUUGAGAGCGCAAGUCAAAGCGGCUCUUCCGAACAAAGAAGCAUUGGAAGAUUCAAUCAUCGUGAUUGCUGUUGAUCUUUCUAAACCUUGGCUCGUCCUUGAAUGCCUUUCGAACUGGAUCAAAGAAGUCAAAGAACACAAAGACAAGUGGCUCGAAUUGAGCGGGAGUGACCGGAACGAUAUGGCCGACAACUUCCAAAAGAAGUGGCUGAAAGCAGGUCAACUGGAGGAACUUCCAGAAUCAGCUCUUUCCGACAACUUAGGGGUUGAAAUCAUCGUUGUCGGUCUAAAGUCUGACGCGCUGCAGGGAGUGCUCAACGACGAAGGAUUAACAGAAAAGCACGCUGAUCUUUUGCAAUACCAGCUGAGAAAGAAAUGUCUUGAGAUUGGAGCAUCCCUUAUCUACGCAAGCGUAAAAGAACCAAGAACUGUGGAAACUUUGAAAGCCUACGUUCUGAAAAGAUUAUAUGAUGUUGAAUCUGAUAUUUUACAACCACGUGGUGUAUCGAGAGAGGCACUUUUUAUUCCCAUCGGAUGGGAGAGCGAAAAGCGCGUCAAUUUACUUAUGGAAGGAGCCGGACUUCCCGAGGACAUUCCUGCACCGCAGCAAAAAACGUACAAUUUCGAGCAAGAAAUCGAGCCCGAAGAUGAGCAAAAAUCGCUCCACAGAGUUGCUGAAAUUCUUGAGCAAGCGGCAAGCAAAAACCCAACAGCAGCUGCUGCAAUGACAAAAAGUCGUCUCAACUCAUCGGCAUCAGCCUCUCCCGGUAAUCCACAGUUGCCAAGACCGUCUGGAGCUAGUCUUAAUGCUUCGAUUUCCGGAUCCCCUGGCGGAAAGCUGGGUGCGAUGCCUUCACCUGGCUCUGGCCAACACUCUGAGCGAAUGCUCGCCGAUUUCUUCAAUCAACUUCUCCUGAAAAAAGGCCCAACCGGAGCGGCAAACAGUCCGAAGCCGGGCACUCCUGGAGCGUCGGCCAAGAAGUAG